AUGGAUGGCAUGGCCUUUGUGGCAUGGCCUUUGCCUUUUGUCAAGUCGACACAGUUCACUCCCGACCUGAUCGAGUAUCUCAGCGGAAACCAGGGCUUCAAAUUAAGCGGAUAUAGCGAUUCUUUUGGGUGGGAGGUCAAUGCACCGCAAAAAACCGCACGGAUAUUGAAUGGUUCAGAUAUACAAGCGGAUGGCUCGCUAGUGAGUGGGUACAGCCGAGUGUUUCGAACAGGCCUUGAGGAUGUUAUGAGAAAUGUCGCUGCUUCAUUGACAACCUGGGCCCUCCAGCAUAACGCGGAUAAUUUCAAUGGCACAGCGCUACUACCCGAAGUUUAUGUUGAUGUUCAUUGGCCCUGGCUGGCCCUUCCAGCAGCACUCAUUGUUCUGUCUAUUGUCUUUUUGGGACUGACAAUGCUGCUCAACACGGACCAAGGCCGUGAUCUUUGGAAGACCUCCGCUUUACCUGUUCUUAAGCAUGGGCUGUAG